UUGAGUCAUCAUGGCGGACGAGGAGUCACAGAACAAGAUUAAAGUCGUCGUCAAAACUUCGAAAGAAAAAGAAACCAUAGAAAUAUCACCCGAUGCAACGAUAAAAGAGUUCAAAGACGAAAUUUCACCAAAGUUUAAUAAUGCCCCAGUUGGCCAACUUUGCUUGAUCUUCGCUGGUAGAAUCUUAAAAGAUAAUGAGACUGUGGAAUCAUAUAAUAUCAAAGAUGGGUUGACAGUACAUCUUGUUAUAAAGUCCGAGAACAAGGCACAACAGCAGGCUGCUGACCAUGCAUCGUCGACUGCAUCAUCCAGCACUACUACUCCAGCACAAGGCCAGCCRUCAUCUACCCCACAGCAGCCAUCCCUGGACAUGUUUGGUGGAAUGGGUUCAGGUCUGGACUUUGGUUCAGGAAAUCUUAGCCAAAUGACGCAGCAGCUACAGCAGCAAAUGAUGACCAACCCUGAUGUCAUGAGACAGGUCAUGGACAGCCCUAUUGUACAGAGUAUGAUGUCCAACCCAGAGCUCAUGAGGCAAGUGAUUCUGGGUAACCCACAGAUGCAAAACUUGAUUGAGAGGAAUCCAGAGAUAUCUCACAUAUUGAAUAACCCAGAAUUAAUGAGGCAGACUAUGGAAAUGGCUCGCAAUCCUGCCCUGAUGCAGGAAAUGAUGCGCAACCAAGAUAGAGCUUUGAGCAACCUUGAGAGCUUGCCAGGUGGUUUUAAUGCCUUACAGAGAAUGUAUACCGAUAUUCAAGAACCAAUGAUGGACGCUGCUCAAGAACAGAUCCAACAGCUUCAAAAUAAUCCAUUUGCUGCCCUUCUAGGCCAAGGAGGAGAGACAACGACAAAUUCAUCAGCAUCAACUACUAACACCAGCAGCAAUGCUGCUGCAAAUCCGCAACAAGGAACUGAAAAUGUCUCCCCUCUACCAAAUCCAUGGCAACCUGCAGCAUCCAGGACACCAACACAAGCCACAACCCCUACAACAACAAGGUCUGCAACAACUGGCACAACUCCUAGUAGUCAAACUACUGGUCAGACUACAGGAAACCAAGGCCAAAGCAGCACCAACCCUCUUCUAUCAGGCAUGUUCCAGACCCCCUCAAUGCAAAACCUGUUACAACAGAUGUCAUCAAACCCUCAGAUGAUGCAGAAUAUGAUGCAAUCUCCUUAUAUCCAGCAAAUGACACAACAGAUGAUGCAAAAUCCUGAACUUAUGACUUCAAUACUAAGAACCAAUCCAAUGUUUCAAGGAAAUCCACAAUUAGCAGAACAGUUUUCAAGUCGGCUUCCAGAAAUGAUGACACAGAUGCAGAAUCCUGAAAUGCAGAGGCAUAUGACCAAUCCUAGAGUUAUUCAAGCCUUGACUCAGAUACAACAGGGAUUCCAACAGCUACAAACUGAAGCUCCUGAUCUUGUGCCAUCAGUGAUGGGUAGUGGUACAACAGCACCUAGAAGCACAUCAAAUACAAGUGCUACAGCAGGAACAACGAACACUACAACAUCAACAACAACUACUCCUACAACAGGCUCAACCCCCACACCACCCUUGUCAGGGUUAGGUCAGAACCCUGCCAUGGCACAGUUGAUGGCCCAAAUGAUGUCAAGCAUGUCUCAAAACCCUGCACAGAGUCCUGUCCAGAAUCCUGAAGUUCGUUUUAGAGCUCAGCUAGAUCAACUAGCUGCAAUGGGAUUUGUAGAUCGACAGCGCAAUAUUCAAGCACUGAUAGCCACUGGCGGGGACGUCAAUGCUGCAAUCGAAAGGCUUCUCCAAUAAAAAACAUCAAUGUUGCAUCAUGUACAUGAAUAUUAAUGCAAGUUAUUAGCACAACGUCAAUGAAUAUUAGUACAAAGAUUUUUAAUAUCUAUCAAUUGGUUUUACUCUUCUAUAAACUGAUGUAUAUCUGCGCCUUCUAAAGGAGAAAUUGCACGGAAUACAAAGAAGCCAUUCUGUUGCGACAUGUCAUGUAGUUGUCACUAUGUGAUCUUUGUUUAGAGUAGAGUGUAUUAUUAUAUCUGUGAUAACACUUCCUUACUAAAUUUGGCAAAUACAUCAUCAUUUGUCUUCUGUAAUGUUUAAUUUGUGCAAAAGUGUUUCAUGGAUAUAAUAAACACAAUGAAAUAUCCACAUGCUAAAGGCUGUAACUUAUAUGACUAUGCAAAUGACUAGAGUGCAAGUCACAUAAGCAUGAAACAAUUCUUAACUAUGUAGWGCUAAAUAAGAUUUAGUUAUCAACUAACUAAGAAUUGAGAACAAUGCUACAAAGGAAUUUAUAUAAUUGGCAUUGUGUUUAUGCUUUGUUGAAUUCUUAGUUAGUUGAUAACUAAAUCUUAUUUARCAAUACAUAUUAAGAAUUGUUUCAUGCUUAUGUGACGUGCACUCUAUGACUAUGCCUGCUUGUGUUAUGCUAAUGCUUGUGGGGAAAUACAUGUAAAGACCUACUGAUUGGCAUGCUUUAUAUCUAUGUGACUUAAUUUGUAAGAACUGAGAAAUUUAGAUUGAAACAGGUCAACUAGGACAGAAGGACGUUAAGAUUGAUGAUAUAAUGGGUUAAAAAACCAUGUUUUAAGACACAAUUAACUGAUUGAUAGAGUACUUACAAUAUGUUCAUGAAAUAAAAUCUUAAUAGUUACUAUCUAAUAGAUCUUAUUUAAUGACUAUUAGUUGCUAUCACUCAACUGGAACAGUCGUAUUAACUAAAGGUAUUGUUUCUUUUGUAUUUGGUUCCCAAGUUUACAAAAUUUAAGACUGUUCCAGUUGAAUGAUAGUGAUAGUAACUAUUUAGAUUUUAUUUCAUGGUCAUAAUGUAAGCACUCUAAGACAUUAGACAAAAAAAUUCCAACUGACAGAAGGACAACUAGGCAAAUUAAUGGGUUGAAAAAACAAGUUCUAAACAGGUUUUUUAAACCAAUUCGAGAAGUAUUUUCAUACACUGAUCAAAUGAUGAUAAUUAUGGCGAUGAUGACAUUGAACAGUUAUUAUAAUGACAAUAGUAAGACAAUGCAAAAAUGAAAUAUUUUGACUUGAUGAGUAAUAUUCUUGAGUGUUGCCAGCUAGCCUAUCAAGAUUGCAGAACAAAAAACUUGAGAAAACUUCAAGUUAAGUGAGUUGCAUCCAUUCUGAAAAGUAUGAACAAUUUUUUCAAUAUUAACAUUAUAGUACUUAAUCCUAGUAAAAAUGUCAAGAAUAUUGUUUUUUUUAAAUCUUAUUAUAAAGUUAUAGGGUUUGACUUCUAAAAGACAAUCUGAUAACACUAUAUUGUAUAUUAAUACAGGAUCUAGUGCAAAAUUGUUUCCCUCAAUAGUAAAUAAAAAGUAGUUACCGUAAAA